GGCAGUUUCUUUGAGAAGUGAAAUGGGGAAACGAUGGCAUCUCCUCCCCGUGCACCAGCAGAAGUGGGGAAGUGCAGCUGGGCAGCGGGCAGGAGGAGGUGCUUGACCUUUACAAAGGCAAAGCCUUGGGGAUGGAAGCACUCACAACUGGGGGUGCGUGUGACAGGCACUGCUCUCCUUGGGCAGGGAAGACCCCAUUGGAUACAUGAGAUAAAAGUGCAUGGAGAGAAAUGAAGCUGCUUUCUUUCUGUCUAGAUUGGGAAGGGAGAUGGUGUAGUGACACUGCGAAGGAGGAAAAAAUGAGAUCCAACUUCAGAGAGUGCUUCCAUUGGUUCCUGGUGCUGUGCAGAGGCACUCCAGCUGCUCUUGAGAUCCUGUUCCAGAGGUGUGUGGAGGCAGCUACUACUUGUCUUAGAAUAGGCAAACGAGGUACCAGGGACAUUUCUCUGUUCAGGUUAGUCCAAGAUGGCAGACCAGAGGCAACGCUCGCUGUCUACCUCUGGAGAGUCAUUAUACCACGUGCUGGGACUGGACAAGAAUGCUACUUCUGAUGAUAUUAAAAAGUCAUACAGGAAACUUGCACUGAAAUACCAUCCUGAUAAAAACCCUGAUAAUCCAGAGGCAGCAGAAAAAUUUAAAGAGAUCAAUAAUGCACAUGCAAUAUUGACCGAUGCGACAAAGAGAAACAUUUAUGAUAAAUAUGGCUCCCUGGGUCUGUAUGUAGCAGAGCAGUUUGGAGAAGAAAAUGUGAACACAUACUUCGUGCUGUCCAGCUGGUGGGCAAAGGCCUUGUUUGUGUUCUGUGGGCUCAUCACAGGCUGCUACUGCUGCUGCUGUCUGUGUUGCUGCUGUAAUUGCUGCUGUGGGAAGUGUAAACCUAAACCUCCUGAAGGCGAGGAGCAGGAGUACUACGUCUCUCCAGAGGACUUGGAGGCACAGUUGCAGUCAGAUGAAAGGGAGGCCUCAGAUGCACCUAUUGUGAUACAGCCAGCAUCAGCCACAGAGACAACCCAGCUCACAGCUGACUCUCACCCUAGCUACCACACUGAUGGAUUUAAUUAAGUUAAGGAAACACUGUAAUUAGAACGGAUUAAAAAAAAAAAAAUACAUGGCCAACUCAACACUAGAAUCAUGAACAUUAGACGUAGAGAAUGGGGAGGGGGAAAAAUUCUGCCACAGUUAGAAGGCAGCUUUCCAACCUGCUGAAAGUAUUUUGUAAUCCCUUCAGCCUUUUGUCACCUUUCAGUGUCGUAUCUUGAUGAUACCUGAAGUGCUGUAGCAUGCAGUAUGUAAAGCAGUUUAGCUACGGUCUUAUGUUUCCUUUCUCUUCUUUUUUUGUUUUUGUUUUUUUUGUUUGUUUGUUUUUUCUUUUUUUUUUAAUAGCAUGUAUGGAGUUCCGUUAAAUGUCUGUGGUGUGAUGUAUUGAGUUGUCACAGUAUGUGUGAUGGAGACAUUCUGCAUUUUAAGCAGUGGUACUGGCCUAAAAUGAGACUUAAAGUUUCACAGGAGCCACCAUACUUUCAUACAGCCAAGCUGUCAAAGACCCUUAAAAAAAGUUCAUGAUUUUUAUUUGGGUGCAACAAGCCAAUUCUAUUCCUUCUUCUAUUUCUGCAUUGCUACUGAAGCAAGUUUACAAAGCCAAAAACCAAAAAAUGCCAGUCCUGCAGAGUUAGAAUUGUCUUUUAAUGCUGGUUUACAGCUUAAAUAAAUACACCUUGAAAAACAAGAAGGGAGGGUUUCCAAUCUUUGAACAAUUAAAUUGAUCAAUAGCUCUGUAUGCACAAGGGUUAUCUUCAGUGAUGGUGUAACCACAAACCCUGCUUUGUCACAAAGGCAGCUGUGAAUGGGUUUAGUGGUGGUGACAGUGGGACUUUAACUUCAAGCACAAUUCUGUUCUGGUUUGAGUUCAGUCUUUUUCCUGAAAUGCUAAAGACCAAAUAGUGCAGCUUCUUUGAAUGCGUGAGAAUCUUAAAGUGAAACUGGUUAAUUGGUUUUCACUAGCAAGUGAAUAAAAUACAGGCAGUAGGUGAAGCAUAAAUGUUAAUAAUUGUUGGUUUUUUAAUUUUUGUCUAACAAUCUGAGAUACUGAUAGACGAGUGGGGUAUUCCGUGUUGUUUUUUAAAGUUGUUAUAAUAUGUUAGCCCUUUAAUUUUCUCAUGAGCAUCUUUGUGGAGUACUGAAGUGGCUUUUUAAGAACAAAACACUUUUUAUGUUGAUAUUGUAUGAUUUGCACAUUGUCUUACCUUUAGACUUGUUUACACCAGUGUUCUCCUUUCCCUCAGAACAACGGUGGGGAAACGACUGAAAAGUUUCCUGAGCUAUUUUGAAACCAAAUCGUGUUUGAAUACUGCUUCUGAAACAGCUGUUCGUCGGGAUUUAACUGUUAAAUAGGCAUUUUAGCUGCUGAAUUGCUGGCAUAUUUUGUUAUUAAUAAUCUCGUUUUGAGCGAUACGGGGCCGGGAUCUGGAACAGCAACUCGUAAGCUUACACAUGGCAUGUUUAGCAGUUAAUUGCCUUCUUAAUUUGAUCUAUCACAUCUAUCUGUUUUUCAUCACAAUGCCUCUCCUGUCCUUUGUACCUCCAUCUCCCCUUCCCUGUUGUCACCUGUCUCUGUGGAGAGGCUAUUCACAGCCUUCCAUCCCAGGUUUCAUUUGAGGUCUUUCGUGCUGCUCUUUUACAAGAUACAGGUGUUACUUGGGAAGGGGGGCAAAGAGCACUGUCAGCCUGUCGGAAACAGCCAGAAAACGAGAGGGGAUCUCCUGCCAGACAACAUGUUUUCACUCCAUCUCUGCAUGAGCUGCACACGGCAGGGCACACCAAGUGUGACACAAAGCCACACCGAGCGGAGCGUCAUCACUGCGGUCUGGGUGCUGAGUUGCACUGUGAGAUGUGUGCUUUGGGUACCGACACGUUUGUUGCCUGCAUGUCAGCCUGUUGCAGAUAGGGAUGCUUUGGGUACCACGUCAGGUUCCAAAGAUUCCAAACACUCCUAAUUUACUGACUAGAUUGAAGUAGCACACUCGUUAAGUAAUUCCUUCCUUGUUGGUAGUCCUUCCGUCCUGAAAUGCUGUGGAUUACUGGAAGAUGCUUCUAACUCAGAAUCUCUCUCUUGGGUGGCCUUGAGGACAGCAGUGCAUUGUUUGGCUUAAGGUCCUUAUUUAAUUAAAGCUUUUGUUUGACCCGUUAAAAAAGAAAGCAGUUUUAAAACUUGAAUAGCAUCACGUUGGCUGUCCUUGUAGGCGUUGCCUGAUGCCAGGUCUCGAUGUUGAGCUGCACGACGAUCUGCAGGCUUCUUCCCUCAGAGCUGGCUGGCUAAAAUUGCCCUUAGGGGCUGCGUGGGUCACUUCAUGUUGUUGGUAACAGAGCUGGUGGUGCUUUGUGGCUGUGUGAAUGAGCGUGUUGGUGUGGUUGGGUCGGUAGAAGGAGCAGAAGGAAGUUCACCCUGUGUGCUGUGUGUAAUGCUCCCUGUGUCCAUCCACGUGUAGCACGGACCAGCUGCGUGGCACUGCUGGCAGCAGAGCUGACGUGAGGAGGCUGAGGUGAUGCCUUUCUCUGUGUUUUGCACUACUCGAAGAAGGUGAUAUCCAGGAUAAGUGUGCUGUGUGAGUUCUUUAAGAGCUGCUGCGUUCCUUUGGGCUGUUCUGUGGGUGGUGUGUGAAUGGCAAGUUAGUGCUGUCCUGUUAGUGCCAGCAUGAUGUGCUGGGUGCUCCAAGGGGAACUGCACGGGGGAAUGAGGAGAAAACACAUUUUUAAGUGUAUUUUUUUUUUUGAAAUGGUUGGUUUGCCCACGUUACCCUGAAACCUCUGAAUUUAAAGUUAUUAAUGUACUUCUUCCUGAGUUGUAUAAGGAAUGGGUGAAUGCCUGCUUGGUUGUGUUGUUGUAGAUAAGACAGAAGAGCAUCCUGGGCUCUAACAUGAGUUGCACUUCAAAACGGCCAAAAGUAAUCCCAGUAAAGACAAAGUUGUGCUGGAAAUAAUGGUUAAGAAAUGUGGUGUGGCUCGGGGUGUGGGCUGGUGGAGCUACCAGAUGCAAAGCAGCAGAGCCUGGCGGGCACCAAGCCCUGCUCACUGCUCGUACACAGAAUGGUUCCUUCCAAAGCUCCACCUGAGCGCUGCCGCUCUCUGCUCAGCCUGUUGCCAGAAUUAAAACUUGAGCUUUGAUUUCUGUUGUAGCCUUCCUGUUAGUUUGUCAUUUGUUUUCUUUUAUGAGUUGCCUGAGACCUCCGUGUCAGCAGCCCGACCUCCUCCCAGUGCACAGAACCACUUGGCAGCACUUUUCCUGGCACUGCCCUGCAGCUCCUCCUCGUGCAGGACGGCCCCCAGGACCCCUGUGCACGGCUGCAGGGCCCAGGAGGAGAGGGAGCUGCUGCCCUGGCUGGGGAUGCCCAGCUGCACUCUCACUUGAAGCAAACAAAGGGCAUUAGAUGCCAGUUUCAUUUAGUUAGUGACGUACGUAGGAUAUUCUGAAUUAUUUAUCUGUAUAUAAACUGAAGUGAACCUCAGUGGCGUCCGAUCCGGUGUAGAUUUCUGCUGAUACCACGCAGUGAUGUUUUCUAGCCACGUUCCCUUUUUAGUCUUAUUUUUACAUUUGUAAUGUUUUUAAACUGCUUUAGAUAUUAGUGCUCAUCGUGUUGGUAACGUGUGAUGCUGAUCAGGGCCGGGCUGCACGCAGCCUGCACCCAUCUGAAGGAGGUGUGAGCAGCCGUCCUGCAGCAGUGCUGUGGGAUGGGUAGCUUCUCCCAGCCCUCUGUGUGGGAGCCUAUAAAUGCAUACAGGGGUGCUCACAGGUGGGAGCCUGGCAGAAAAUACAUUCCUGUCCCAUUCUUAAAGUAGUGUGGUGUAGAGGGACCCAGGUGUGCUCUUUCAGGCUGUCUCAGAGCACUGUGCUCCAUGAGAGGUGCUCUGUUCUCACGUAGUCGGUGCCCACGGUCUCUCUGGUGCCCUUCAGUGUUACUGUGACAUUUCUGGCUCCUUUAGGACGUGUCGAUGCCGUGGUUCUCCCCACUCAGUGCAAGUGGACGCGAUGUUGAACAGGAGGUUCAGGACUGGUGGCACUCGGCAGCCCCUGCCUCGUGUUCUUCGUUCCAGAUGCUGCCUCUGUGCAUUAAUCCUAGAAUCUGAGCACUGGUGCAUAACCCCAGUACCACCGUGUGUAGUGUCAGGUUGGUGUAAGCUUAGCUUGCUUCCUCGUUCGGUGCUGCUUCUGUGUAUUAUAGUGGAAAGCAUCUAGUAGUGCACUGCUACACCAACAGCUGCUUGUAAUACCCUGAAGGAAGUGUAACUCUUAGCUGACGCGGUGGCAGAAGUUGUCGGUGCCCAAGUCCUGCAGGAACUGUUCUGCUCCAUGCACUGUGCUCAGAGCUUCAGUGCUGGGACCGAAAUGCUCCUUGCAUUCCAGAAGGAUGUGUUCUGUGCCAGAGGGAACUGCUGGGGAAGCUGUCUGUCUUUUAUGUUUGCACAAGCCAAAUGCCAUACAUCUGGAAGGCAAACUUUUGUUUGAAAAUAAGAUGCCAACGUUAACACGAGCAAUGGAUUUCCUUGUUUCAAGGAUAGAUGCUGGCGAUUUCUGGUGGCUUUAUAUAUAUGUAUAUGUGUAGAGGAAGCUCUUAUAUAAAAUGGCCAUUCUUCUUUGAGUGCUGUUGUCUCCUCUGCUCCCUUUCCCCCACCACCAGCAAUGUGGGUGUAUUCUUGUUGUCUGUAGCAGUUGCUUACCGUGCUGUCUGUACAGUGAUGGCUUCCAAACAGGGUGGCAUCUGAGCUCUGCCAACAUCCCUCAGCCCUGCUUGACAGGGGCUGGGCUUCACCGUUCUGGCUUUGCUGUAAGGAAAAGGAGGAAGGAGCUGAAGGAAGGAGCUGAAACCCAAGGGUGGUACUGGAAGAACUUUGGCUUGUGCUGCUGGUGUGUGGGAUGUUUUAAAAGCGGUCGAGAGAUUCAUCUCUGGAGGUAACUGCACUGGGAUUUUUUCCUAUGCCAGUUGUCAGCACAUCGUACUCACAAAGUGGGAGUCAGCUCACAAACCUGUGCUCUAGGUUUUGGAUUGCAGCAUCGUGUGUGUAUGUAUGUAUAUAUGCACAUAUGUACAUAUUUAUACAACAGGUGUGCACCCAGUCCUUGCUGCUGUUUUUCUGUGAUGGUAAAGCACUGAAUUUGGCCCCGAGUCCUUCUCACAGAUAGACAGGUUCUGUGUGUCCAGAGCUGUGCUUCCUGCUUUCAGCUGCAGGGAACACCAGAUGGGAUCUGUGACUGAUGGAGGAAAAUAUGGAAGGCUCCUGUUGUGUAAAGAAAUAGGUGGUACAAACGGGAGAGCUGUCUGCUUGGAGAGGGAAAAGCAGCCUUUCUACCCUGGAAGCCUUCCCUCCUUGCUGGGGUGAAUGGAGACGUGGACGUUGGCGCAGUGAGGUCUGUGGGCUCAGUCUGUAGUGCUCACAGGGUGGAUUUGUAGGACUUGGAGCUGUUGCACACCGUAAAACUGAAGUUAGGUGGUGAUCUGUGCAGGGGCACAGCUGGGUGUGGGGGGGACGUGUGGGGGCUGCUUGUGGGGUGGGGGGGAACCAGUGGCCGAAAGCAAAAGAAAAAAGACUGUAAAAAAAAAAAAUACAAAAAAAAAACCUACAAAAAAAAAACCACCCCACAAUCAAAGUAUAAAUGCAUCUGAGAAGCAAUUAUAAUAUAGACAUAUAUAUAUUUUGUUAUGUUACUAAAGGACCAUACUUUGAAUUGUAUGUAAGUAGAUGUGGCUGUCAGAACUUUGUGGAUUGUAACACUGGAUACUACUGAGCUCCUGUACAUACCUGCAGUUACAGCAGAAGGAAUUAUUUUAUGUUUUAGCAUGGUAAUUUGUGUAUCGUAUGUCCAGAUAGAAACUAAAAUAAAGAUUGCUAAGUUAUCUGAAACCACUGUUGUAAAAUAAAUGUUUUCAAUGCAGAAAUA